CGUAAGUUCACCUUGCAUCAGUUGUCCACUUCAUUCUCACGUCUAUUUGAUGUUUUUAUGUCUGAUCAUUCCAAAAAGCUUGAGCUUACAACGAACACUCUCUUCUCCCCCCUUCUACCCGUUGGCAGCUGUCAUCCCUGUUGUGUUGCUGUCCCUUCCCAAGCCUUUCCCUGGUUCUCUACUGCCGUUCCGUUACCCAGUCCAUGCCUAGGACCCUGGUACACAUCAUCGCGUCACGAGUCAAUUCCUCUGCUGACCCUCUCAGAAUCCAACGCUCGCCAAGGCACAAUGGAUUAUUGGUGUGCUCCCAGACUCGGCCCGUCCAUGCCCUACGGUUCGUUCGGAAUCCCACCAUGUCUCAUACGUCAAGACACUCGUCGAAUCAACGAGUCAUUCCCCCUUGGCUUGUGGUCUAUCAUCCUGUAGCGUUCGUGACUGGCUCCGGUAGUCGGUUCACUUUAAGCUCAAUUGCUCGGGAUUACUGACACAAACGCCCGACCGGUCGACCUGGUGAGUGAUCACCCUCCGUAGACUGCCGGAACUUCCUGGACUCUCCUACGUCAGCAUGAUUGUCUCCGUCAACACUAUUCGUCAGAGCUCCAAUCUGCUGUGAAAGUGUCCAUGCAUCCUUGCUGCUUGGGACCAAGAAAGAAAAAGAAG